UCCACGCAAUAUGAAUAAUUAACGCAGAUAAUUUUUAUAAAAAAGGAAACUAAAUGGAUAUAUUUUGGUCGAUACGUAUAACUUGUCUCCAUUAGGGCAAGGACUAAGCAUUAAUUAAAUACAUGUCACACUAGACUACUCCGAGCUUUGCAGAUAUAUUAUAUGUCGUCAUUUUUAAACCAGUUCCAAGUGGAGGCUUUUAAAGCAAAUCAGCUUCAUUAUCCCUUUCGCACUUGAAUAACAAUGGCAUACAUUUUGCUGGACGAUCUUUAUUUCAUUUCGACGGUCGUUUUUUUGAACGUUCUUGUGAUUUACUGCGCGUGCUGGUGGCGCGCGCGCAGGACUGAAAAACGCUCGCCGAAAUGGGCGGAAAUUACCGUAUAGUAUUAUCGUGCGUAUUUGAUAAUAAUAGUUUAAAUUGUUAUGUGUUUCGACUUGGUGUGGCAGUGAAAGUGAAGAGGCUCUGAUAACACAACGCGACGACUGAUUAAGGUAACGAAGAAUGGACGCAGCAACCGCGGUCGCGGGCGUGCUAAAGUUGCAGAACGCAUUCGCCCUGCUCUCCACCUUAGCAUUCACAGCAUACCUCUUCCCUAGACAGGGGGAAGUAUCGGAUCUAGACGACUUCGACUUCAUAAUAGUGGGCGCGGGGUCUGCGGGCUGCGUGCUGGCGGACCGGCUGAGCGCGUGCGGCCGGCGAGUGCUGCUGCUGGAGGCCGGCGACGACCCGCCCUUCGAGUCCGUUAAACCAGGGUUAUUCAAUUACUUGCCCAGAACACCUUACGAUUACAAUUAUACUUCAGAAAAUGACAACUUUGCCUAUCAAACGCACAAAAUAAAAGCCCUGAACCUGACCAGCGGGCGCGUGCUCGGCGGCGGCAGCAGCAUCAACUACAUGAUGUACGUGCGCGGCUGCCCGGGGGACUACCAGCGCUGGGCACAAGCCGCGCAGGACAACACCUGGAACUGGCCCGGCGUCUACCCGUAUUUCAUCAAGAGCGAAAAUCUGCAAAGUCACGAGUUGCGCCACUCCCCGUACGUGCAAUAUCACGGAUUUAAAGGCCCUUUAAAAGUUACGAGAGAGACGGAUCAGGGCAUUUAUAGAUUUAUAAACAGUUUCGAGGAAAUCGGAAAACCGUCCGUCUUCGAUAUCAACGGCCCGUUCACGCAGGGCUACACGCCUGCCUUGUUUACCAUAGCGGAUGAAGUUCGACAAUCAACAGCCUACGCGUUUCUACCGAGAAUGAAGCGUAGGCCGAAUUUGGUGGUCCGGAAGAACAGCUUCGUUACUAAAAUAAUAAUCGACGACGACAACGUGGCAAUUGGAGUUGAGUUUGAGACGCAGGACGGAAAACAGUUGCGGGCGUUAUCGCGGCGAGAAGUGAUAGUGUCGGCGGGCUCCUUCAACAGCGCUCGCCUCCUCAUGCUUUCCGGGGUGGGCCCGCGCGACCAGCUCGAGCCGCUUGGCAUACCCAUCAAGAGCGAGCUCCCAGUCGGCUACCACUUACAGGACCACGUUAUCUCUGUAAUAUCGAUUAAGACGGAGGAGUCCCACGCCCCGCCGCCUGACUUAAAUAUAAAUAAGCUCCCGUUUCCUCUUUUCGCUGGUUUCGUAUCGCUCGACGAUAACGAACGGUGUCCACAAUAUCAAGCCUCAGUUUUCGACGUGCCGAACGAUAGCCCGGCGCCGCUGCAGCUGUGCGCGUUUAAUUUCGGAUUCGAAGAUUACAUAUGCAACAAUCUGUUCAACGCGAGCAUCGGUCGAAACACACUCUUUACGAAUCUCAAUGUCUUACAUCCAAGAUCAACCGGUCGCGUGAAAUUACGCAGCAAAGAUCCGAAGGAUCCGCCUAUAGUCGAACCCGGAACGUUCUCAGAUGAAAGAGACCUCGAUGAUUUGGCGCGAUACGUCGAAGAUUACACAAAAGUUUUAAACUCGACUUACAUGAGGAGCAUCAAUGCGGAGUUCGCUGACUUGUCGUAUCCCACGUGUUCGGAGUACGAGUACGGCAGCGCGGAAUUCUGGCGCUGCUACGUGCUGGCCACGGCGACGACGAUGUACCACUACGUGGGCACGUGCCGGCUGGGCGCGGUGGUGGACGCGCAACUGCGCGUGCGCGGCGUGCGGCGCCUGCGCGUGGCCGACGCCAGCGUGGUGCCCUACCUGCCCAGCGGGAACACCAACGCGCCCGUCAUCAUGAUUGCGGAGAAGGCGGCCGAUUUUAUUAAUAGAGACCACCGUUGUUUGCAUUUGUGAAGUUAUAUUUGCGUAUCAUAAGUGAUAAUUUACCUUAAGUAUGUGUUGUAAAUGUAUUUAUAAUAUAUUUUACAUAUAUUAGUGAUUACAGAUUAUUUAUUAAAA